AUGUGCAGCUCCUGUUUCUCAAACACAAAAUACACUUGUUUAAAAUGUACAAUUCCGAUCUGUAAUAAGUGCUCAACAUUCGAACUUGACGAAAACACAGAGAAAUGGGCCGCGGGGCGAUGUGUUGGGUACUGCGAGCCCUGUUUUCGGGAAAAAAUUAGUGGCGAUGGCGGGAAAAACGAACAGCCCGAUCAAGAAAAGGUCAAGUACGUGUUGAUCGUUUGAUUAAUAUAAGAGUUGCGGGUAGCAGAGUUUAUUAUUGCUGCAGUUAACUGUGUCUUUCGAGAUAUUAGAAGUACAGUAGAACCUCAAUAACUCGAACGAGGAUAACUCGAAUUCCCCGCUUACUCGAACUAAAUUGUAAUUCCAACUAAAUUUCCUUUCCCUUGAUCAAAAUUUCGCUGAAAUUUACCCCGCUAACUCGAUCUGUUUUUCGUUUCCCUUCAGAGCUCGAGUUACAUAUGUACCGGGGUUCUACUGUAUCUCAAAAAGCCACGAAUAAUAUGAUGUGUAGGAAAUAUUCUAAUGUACUCAACACCAUACAAAGUUCAUUUCUUUGAAACUGGAUCAACAAAUCCCUACUUUAAAAUUAAGUACAAUAAAUAGUUAAUAAUAAUGCAUUAAUAUUGUUCUAACCCUAGGUUACCCUAGAGAAGCCAGUAUCUGGACAGCCAGAAUCAUUUCCAUCCCUCCCCCAACCUCUUUUCUGGAAAAUUAUGUCAGUGAAGGUAGUGCAGUGACAUUUUGAGACCAAAAUGAAUAAACACAAAGUUUCAUAUUUUGAAGCCACCGGCCUAUAGUCACUCUUGUGUCCUUUCCAAUACUAAAGUAAUGAAUGAGCCUAUACAUUCUUUCAGUGACCAUCUUCAGUCACCACAAAUACUUACAAUUUCCCUAAAGCGAUGAUAACAUUAUCAUUUGUUUUGUCUUUGGUAAUCCAACACAAACAAUGUUGUUAUCAUAAAUUUUUUCAUCUCUGAAACAGUUGUGAAGAACAGGACCGACUUUCAGACUCGGACGAGGAUGUAGAUGAACACAAAGAAAAGCGUGGGAAGUCAUCAAACAAGAAGCAGAAAAAACCAGGCAGAAAGCCAAGGUGGUCUCAAGAGCUGCUCAAUGACUUUAUUGAUAUCAUUGUGAGCACUGAUGAGUACAAGACAAAGCUGAUAUUUAGGAACAUUAAAUGUCAACAGAAUGGGGAAAUCUAUGAGAGAAUUCGUGAUGAAAUGAAAAAGAGGACUGCUGCAAGAGAGGAAAAUUUCUACUUCACCAUUGAUCAACUGAGAUCAAAGUUCAAAAAGUGUGUUUCAGAGUGUAAAAAAGCUGCUCUUACCAGUAAAUCUGGCACUGGGAUUAAAAGAUUCCAAGAAGAUAAAAGCUAUGGAGAAUGGUUUCAGAAGCUGUACGAGAUUGUCAAAAGUAGGGAUUCUUGCCAGCCUGAGCAAGCCAUAGAACCAACUCAGUUUUAUCGUACGCAGGUUUCCACGUGUAGUACACCAACUGAGGAUACAUCUGAAAGUGAAGCAUCAUCAAGCAACCAAAGCAAGAAUGUGUUUGUGCCUAUAAAAGAGCCAAAGCGAAAAAGUAACCGGGAUGAUCCAAUCUGUGAAGCCAUUAAACUAAUGAAAACCAUUGCAGAGAAAGAUCCUUCAAGGGACCUUAUAAAUUUUAUCAAAGAUGAUAUGGAAAAAUCACGGGAGCACGAGUUAAAAUUAAUGCAAAUGAUGCUUUCAUGUGGAAAUCAAAAGCCAUCGUGGGGUCAGAGUUAUGGUUCUAAAGUAGGAAAUUUGGGUUUUAGUUCACCUCCCUGUAGUUUUAAUGAUGGGCUCUCUCUGCAUCAUGCACAACCACAUGCUUUUGCCCCAGAAGGUGGCAUGAACCAGGGUGUUCAAAAUUACCAGUUUCGACCCAUUUCCCCCGCAUCAUCACGUACCACAUCUGACAAUCCUGUUUACCGCUCCCUUUAA